AUUUCUCCCAAAAUUAUAAUUAUGUUUCUUUGUAAAAUUAUUUCUCAUGCAGACAGGAGGAUUUAGGUCAUUGCUAUAUUAUAAAUAUAUUUUCGUCUCGUUGCUUAAGUUUAAAAGUACUAUUGGAUUAGACCAUUUGAAUAUUUCAGCACGAAUAUAGUAUACGAUGGAUUCUGGCAAAAAUCAGCACGAUGUCGGGUAUGAUGCUGCCGUGGAAAAGACAUACGUGGAUUCAAGUAAGACGAGUAAUCAACCCCAGAAGUCUCGAACUCGUUUUAUUAUUAUCGGUGUGGUAGCUGCUGUCAUCAUUAUUGCUGUCGUUAUUGUAGUUGUUGUUGUCGUCACGCAAACGAAAAAUGAUGAUGACAGCAAAGAAAAGAAAAACGAGUGUGGACCAUUCAACCUUCCAGAUGGUUUUAACUUUUCCAUGUUGUCUCCGACAAUCAUCUCCAAUAUCUUUACUUGCCCAUUAAAAGGCGAUUGUUGGACAGGUGAACAAUGCUAUCAGUGUCUCAAACUUGACACAUGGAAAGUAGGAAAUAUCAACUAUAUACCAGUGUGUUGUGAAGAUUGUUUGGUACGUGGCCUUUAUGUUUCGAACAGUGAGUGUAGAUGUCGGAAAUGAAUGAACGAAUAAACAAGAAAACUAUCGCUCACAUACUUCAGCAAACUAGGGGGACUUACGCUUCAAUGGAUUUCAAUUUGUACAGCGCGGCUUUUUCGUACAAACUGUCAACGUAUGCGUAUAUACUCACAGUCCAGCUCAAUCGUAUUAAUUUUACCAUUCGUGUUAAGUUACGUUGACAUCAAAGGCGGGGCAUUACCGAAGUCAAAGGACACUAAGACUAUAGGGGAACCUUUGUUUAGUGAAAAACAGUGAAUAUCACGUAAGAUAUAUUUGAUAUUGGUGCAUCUUGCAGGAUCGUUGACCGUUGCUUAAUUGUGACCAAAGAUCUAAGAACGCGGAUGUUUCCACCUUGUUUUAGAACGUUUUCUGUCCCACCAGAAGCUUGACGAUUAUUUUAUAACUUCUUAUAGUAUAAGAAAUGAAGAUCAUUUUGCAUAAGUCUCAUUUGUGUAUGAAAUACAUCGGUCGUUGUAAAAUGCGUGUAGAAACCGUUGGCAUACAUCUAAAGUACUUUAUACUCCAAAAAAGCCAAGUAGUUGCAGUUCAUUCAUACUGCGCUUAAGAUAUUGCACUAUCAUUUAUGUAAGAAUGAAAUUAGAGGGAGGAUUCCAUUGACAUUUUAAGAAUCUUACACUGGUUGAAGGUACGGAUGGAAAUAUCUGGCUCUUUAGGUAACUGUUUCGAUGGUAACGUGGCUCUGCCGAGUUACCGCAAAACAGUUACCCGAGAGCUAACUAUUUCCAUCAGCGCCUUCUACCAGUGAUAUAUUCUUUUUCCUGCAUACCGUAUUCUUUAAUAUAGAAAAAAUAAAACAAAACGAAUGCUUUUCGUUUAAGCUCUGUUUUGUUAUAAUAGCGUAUGAAUUUACGCAUUCCAUCAUAAUUUUUGUAUCACCGACAAAAACACGGGGAAAUUCUGUCUAGUAUGCAAGAAUGAUAAAUACGUUGCACAUGUCACAUGACAUGUAUCAUAAUGUAUACAGAUAUAUUUACUUCGAUUUUUACCUUUUUAUAUUGUAUAAUACUGCUAAACAAAUAAACAUAUAUGAUAUUUA